AAUGAUAUAACCACAAAUUUAUCAAUUUCACCAUAGAUUAGGGAAUUAAUUUAUGAAAUAUAUUCUUACGUGUACAUUUAUUUUCGACGGAUAUUUGUAAAAUAUGAAUAUUUGAAAGUACAUUUAUAGUAAUUUAUUAUUAAUUUAACUUAUACAAAUGAGCAGAAUCUGAGGUACAUAUAAUUUGGAACUCCUGAAAUAGAUAAUUUGUGAGAUUUUUUUGGUAUACUGAUUGCCGCAAGCAUUAACGAUGAACCAGGCAAGACCCCCUUGCUAAAUAUUUUGUAUCCAGUAUUGAGUACUGGGACUUGGUGCUCAAAAUCAGUAAUUAGAUUUAUCGCAGUUCCAGCUCAUUUCUGCUAAACCAGUAUAACCAAGUGACCAUUUAACAUUAUUCUAGGGAACUAAACAUGGACGAUGAAUUAUUAGGAGAAUCGAGCAAUACUAAAAGUAAAAUUUCUCAAACUUUCAUUAGAGCAUCUCAGUGGUACCAGGGUGUGGUGGACAAAACAGUUCCAUGGAAGAAAGCUCGCUGGCUAUUUUCUUUAUUACUAAUUCUCGGAUUCAUGGCACGCAUUAUAAUCGCCCAGGGAUGGUACAUAGUUACAUAUGCCUUGGGUAUAUAUCAUUUGAACCUGUUUAUAGCAUUCCUAACUCCAAAAAUAGACCCAGCGAUGGACUUUGAUGCAGAUGAUAAUGGGCCAGAACUGCCCACAAAAGCUAAUGAAGAGUUUCGGCCGUUUAUAAGACGGUUACCAGAAUUUAAGUUCUGGUAUUCAGUGACCAAAAGUACAGUUAUAGGUUUAAUAUGUACUUUCUUUGAGUGCUUUAAUAUACCAGUAUUUUGGCCAAUCUUAGUUAUGUAUUUCAUUACACUUUUCUGUAUAACCAUGAAAAGACAAAUUAAGCAUAUGAUAAAAUACAGAUAUUUGCCUUUUACACACGGCAAACCGAAAUACCAAGGACACGAGGAAGCCAGUAAACUUAUUUCUGGGAAAUAGAGUUGAGAUGAAAUUAAUUUCCAACAAAACAUAGACCCAAAUUUGUGGGUGGAAUUUCUUUUUGUAAAAACGUGUUAUUUAUAAGUAAAGGAGUAUAUAAAGUUGUAAAAUUUGUUUGUUUCACUUGAACAUAGUUUCAGUUAUAUAUUUUUGGUUACAUGUUUUAUAUUUAUUUAAACAGCUUAAAUAAACCCAUAAGUGA